ACUUCUGGCUGAAAAUUCCUUCCAAAACCCAAAUCUCAAAAUUGAGACGGAGAGAGAGAGAGAGAGAGAGAGAUUCCAAAGCGAAAGCCAGACAUUUUUUGAUUUUCUUUCUCUGAAUACAUUGAAAUUUUUGUGAAGAUGGAAAAAGGCUUCUCACUGUGGCAAGUCCUCUCGUUCUCAUCCAUCCUUUCAUGGGUUAUCAUCUCCUCAUACUUCAACCUGACCCAGAAGCUCAGAUCCCUUAUCCAACCGUUCAUCACCCACCAUGUCCACAAAAGCACUCCCUUCAUCCUCCAUAUCCAGUCUUUCCAGCAUAGUUUCUUAGACGCUUUCUUCUCCGCCUUCUCAUGCGUUGUAUCCGUGCCUUUCUAUACCGCAUUUCUACCUGUGCUUUUUUGGAGUGGGCAUUCCAAAUUAGCGAGACAGAUGACUUUGUUGAUGGCUUUCUGUGAUUAUUUAGGGAAUUCGGUAAAGGAUUUGGUAUCAGCUCCUAGACCCAAAUCUCCACCUGUUAGGAGGGUAACAGCUACUGAAGAUGAGAAAGAAAAUGCAAUGGAAUAUGGGUUCCCGUCUUCUCAUACUCUUAACACAGUUUGCCUUUCCGGGUAUCUCUUGCACUACGUUCUGUCAUACAAUCGUGAAACUGGCGGAGCUGCAAUCUUGAUUGGGAUCACUGUAGUUUGUGUUCUUGUAGGGUUCAUUGGCUUGGGAAGAAUUUACCUUGGCAUGCACAGCUUGAUUGAUAUCAUUGGUGGAAUUGUUAUGGGGCUUGUGAUCCUCACAUUUUGGUUGUCAGUUCAUGAAUAUGUCGACAGUUUUAUCAUCUCUGGACAGAAUGUUACGUCUUUCUGGGCCAUUCUAGCUUUCUUAUUGCUCUUUGCCUACCCAACACCCGAACAUCCAACGCCGAGCUAUGAGUUCCACACGGCCUUCAAUGGUGUUGCCUUGGGUAUAGUUAGUGGAGUCCAGCAAACAUACCUUCAAUUUCAUCAUGAAGAUGUACCUCACAUAUUUACCCCACAGCUAAUUUUUCCUGUCUUCAUGGGAAGGAUACUCAUUGGCAUCCCCACAAUACUCCUUGUGAAAUUUUGCAGCAAAGCCUUAGCAAAAUGGACACUUCCUGUAGUAUGCAACACUAUGGGCAUCCCAAUAAGGUCGUCAUGCUACAUUCCAUCACUGAAAGGGUCCGUCAGUGGUAAAAACAAGUGCGACAGUAGGCCACCUUUGGGUUAUCUUCAGAAGAUCUUCUCACAGGAACCGUACGAUGUUGAUACCGGCAUAAGGUUCCUUCAGUACGCAGGCCUUGCAUGGUCAGUAGUGGAUCUGGUCCCAUCGCUAUUCACCCAUGUGGGUUAGUGACAGAUAUAUAUGCACCCUCAAUGCAGUUGGGCAUUGUAUAUUAGUACACCAAACUCAUGAGGUUGUAAUAGGCAUUAUUUGAUCGGUAUUGGUUUUGUAUAUCAUAUUCUCUAAUGUAGAGAAGUGCCAACCCCAAUUAGUUGGGAAAUUUCUUAGAUGAUGAUGAUGAUUUUAUAGUGUAGAGAAAUCCGCCACGUAUUAAGUGGAAUAACACUUUUCGGUGAAAGCCAUCAAUGCAUCAUCAUCAAUGCCUGCCCUGGCUAUAUCGGGUCAA